AUGACAGACCAAGACCAAUCCUAUCGUCCACGAUCCCCUGAUUUUUCCACCUUCCAGUCAGUUCCCCUCUCACCUACCUUCAACAACCACAACCUCAACCACAACGCGCACUAUCAACAUCCUCACCACUCCCCGGUUUACCAAUUCGGGAAUCCUUUCGCCCAUCGCGCUUCCUACGACGCCUCACCGUUCUUCACCCCGCAGUAUCAACCACCACCUCUACCACAACAACCACCAUCGCUUCCUCACCACCCGGUCCCGCAGACCAGGGUUCCUCAGCAAUCCUCCUCAUAUUUCCCUCCCGAUCCGGACAUGGCUCGUCGUUCGUCGCGUAUCGCCCAAGCGGCCGAGGUCGCGCCUCACCCGCCCGUCUCCAAGUACGUCGACCCCGUCGACCCCGUCGACGAAGAGGACUAUGUACCUUCACCACCACCUCAACCGCAACCACAACCACAAGAGGAACCCGUCGCAAUUAUUGAGGAAGAAGAGCCUCCGAAGCCCGCUCCUGCACCCGUCAAUGUGGAAGUGAAGACCAAGUUUCCCGUCGCGCGUAUAAAGCGCAUCAUGCAAGCCGAUGAAGAUGUCGGUAAAGUCGCUCAAGUUACUCCUAUCGCAGUGUCCAAAGCUCUCGAACUCUUCAUGAUUUCCCUCGUCACCAAAGCCGCCCGCGAAGCCAAAGACCGCAACUCGAAACGCGUCACAGCCUCGCAUCUCAAACAAGCCGUCGUUAAAGACGAAGUGCUCGACUUCCUCGCUGACAUCAUCGCCAAGGUUCCUGAUCAACCGGCUAGUCGGAAACACGACGACGAUAACAGUGAUCAGAAUGAACAACAACCGAAACGAAAGCGCGGUGGACGUCGUCCGAAAGAAGAGAGUGAUUAA